CCUCUAUUCUUGGCCCAUCGUUGGCUCAGUAGCGUUGCUUCGGUGCGACUCUGCAUCACGCGAACAUUCAAUUGUUAGAAGAAUUUCUUUGCAAGUGUUGUUACAGAAGACAAGUGGAGCUAAAAGAAUAUUGAUUGCAGUCGCUUUGUACUGCUGAUAUACAGUGAGUUUUACCAAUGGCUGGUUCUAUCCAAUUGUCAGCCCUGGGUCGCGAUGCGUGGGUUGGAGAUUUCUACAACUACUUCACGGACGCUAUUUUGCCAAGUGGGAUUGAAGUACCAGACGAAUACAAGAUAAUUUCGAAUGCAGGAAGAAAAACGACGUUCUCUUUCUUCUACCAGCAGCCAUACGAAUUCAAACGUCAUAUACUGGGUAUCAACUCCCAUCUAUUCCAAAAUAUUGAAAAGGGACUUCCGGAUUCUCACCAACCUUGGUUUGCUAAUUAUCUGAACGAAAAACCGAAUACGGAUGACGAUGAAAAGGAGGCCCAAGUUACUGCCUUUUUUCGAGUAGAACGACGGACCGAAAUCCUCGAUCGGAAUUUCAUGCGUUCCAAACUGUUUGAGUAUCAGCUGCGAAGUGGCGACCGAGCGACACAUUUGGUUGGUGACGUGAUCUAUGGAGCUGAAUUGAUUUGUUCUAUGCGUAGACCCUUAAACUUAGAGCGAGAAACAAAAGAGGGUGCCGAACAAAGUAUCUAUUUAGCGGCCAAAGAGUAUUUCAAUCAGACAAUUGAUGGGAAAACACCGUCUAUGGAUUUGGAUUUGAAAGCCAAAUUAGAGAAGAUUUCUUUUACGGUAUUCAGCAGCCUUAAACCCGGUAAACAGACUAAAAAGUCUUUCUCGGAAUUCGGUGAAUAUCUGCAAAAGAUUUGCUGUUGUGACGAUUAUUCGUCCAAGUGGAAACCUAUUGAUUUAGUUCUCAUUCACAUUCCUGGUCAAGUCGAAGCUCGAAUUUGGGCAGACCGAAGAAGCGAUUUUGCAUUUGAGAUAGAGCAACAUAAAGUCACGUUCAAUCGGAUCCAGAAGACAAUUGGUAGUCUAUCCAACCAUUUUUCUCUCAAGCGUUUCUAUCUAUUUGAAAACGUGAUUAGGCAGUUCCAAAAAUUGCUGCCAUCCUUUUACGAGAGUAUCAAGAAAUCCCAUCAUGUGUUUGCGACGUUUGACAUAAACCCCGCCCUAAAGGAAAUGAAACGUAUUUCAAUUUUGCUGAACGAUAUAAACGAUUGGUUGGCCCAACGAGCAAAAGAAAUCGAACUAUUUUCCUCGCUUACAAAAGGCACUCAGUUAGUUGCACUUGAUUUGGCAGAGAUAAAAAAUUUAAUGGCGACGCAAGACAAGAAAUCGGUCAGAGUAUUCAUUCUAAAACUAAGAUACGAAGAAGAUCCUAUAAUUAAUUGCAUACUGAAAGAAAUCGGUCAUCAAACCACCUUUGCCAAACUGCUCGUUUUGCCGAUUUUCUUUGAAGAAAAGAAAGAAUUCCGGUCUGUUAGAAAAGCAUUGAAGGUAUUCGCCAACGAGUCCCAACAAAUGGACAGGAGUCUACAAGAAGACACUAUUGACUACAUAGGACUUGUCCCGGUCUCUGACACAUUUGAAGAUGGCACUAUAUUGAAGUCUGAUUCUUCUGGGAAAUUGCAACAUCGAGAUCGUUCCUCUAGUAAACCUGCAUAUUCUUAUUCUACGGUUACACAAGAUCCCAAACAAAGCCAACAAACACAGACGGGAAAUGCUGGGUUUACCCAACCUGCCGAGAGACUCGAUCAACGUAAUCCAUCGGCCGACGAAGGAACACCCAUGGAUUGUGAUGAUUUACCUGCGUUGCCAUCGGAUUCAAAGAUCACCAAAGGAGGCGAUACUUCAAACAUGACACAAUUCUUCAAUACAGGGAAAAGAGGACCACCGUUCGAACAGGAGAAUCCAUCCAUUGAUGAUAUGAAGACCAAGGCCGAGUCCGACAGGGAAAGCUUACAAUUCGACCAAUUCGACCAACGUAAGCUGGAUGGUGUGGAACCCUCAGAACCAACUACAUCGGUAGCCGAUCAAAUCAAAAACAGCGCGCGGAGCAAUAGCGGAUUUCGGGAUUCUCGCAAGGAUAACACCACAUUUUUAGCGUUGCCUGUACAAAGCGAUGCGUUGAGCCAAUAUCAAGAAGAGCCCAAUGCUGUCACAGAUCAUCUAUGUGAGGAAGAUAUCAAAGAAUCCGAGCUUGGCAGUGGAAGAAAUAGCGGACUAAUGGCACGAGGAAACGCUGAUUCUGGUGAACGACGAAGGAUUGCUGAAAGAUUAAUUGACGAAAGAACAGAUUGCAGUAAACGAAUAAAAACGGGAACACCGGAUAUUUAUUUGCUAAAUGCGAUGGAAAAAACAAAUAUCGACAACAUCAAAUGGUUCGAAAUCUGCCAGUCUGGCGGAAAUUCACGGUCACACGGUGCCAAAACUCACAAAAUCAUCAUUUUGAUGGGUGCGACUGGAUCCGGCAAAAGUACUCUGAUCAACGGCAUGAUCAACUACAUCCUAGGAGUCCAAUGGAAUGAUCCAUUUCGUUUCAAAUGUGUCCGCGAAGACGAGAACGCGGCCAGGAACCAGGCGCACAGCCAAACGAGUUCUGUAACGGCCUACACUCUCCACCAUCAAGAAGGGAUGACCAUUCCGUAUUCCAUCACCAUUAUCGAUACCCCUGGUUAUGGAGAUACAAGAGGAGUUAAAAGGGACAAGGAAAUCACGGCUGCCAUCCACAAGUUUCUGACUCAACAAGAAAUUCCAAUCGAUGAAAUUCACGCCGCUUGUUUUGUGGCCGCUUCGGGUGAUAGUCGACUGACGGCCACCCAACGCUACAUCAUCGACUCCGUGCUGUCCAUCUUUGGUAAAGACAUGAAGGCGAAUCUUCGACUGUUGGUAACAUUCGCAGACAACGCCGAUCCUCCCGUCGUCGGUGCUUGUCUUUCUGCCAAUUUCCCUACGACAUCCGCAUCGGACACCAUCGCCUACAGCAAAUUCAACAGCUCCGUUCUCUAUUGUUCCAAUGCGAAACAGGGAGAUGACGAAUUCAGUUUUGAUCAGUUAUUCUGGGACAUGGGUCAUGAAAAUUUUAAGAAAUUUUUUGAUAUGUUGGAAAGAAUGAAGGGCAGAGAUCUCACGUCCACAAGGGAAGUCAUUCACAGCCGCCGGCAACUGGAACAGUCGCUGAAAGACAUCGAACAAGAAAUGGAGGUGUGUCUAACCAACAUCGAAAACAUAGAAAUUUUCCAGAGGAAAAUGAAAACGUGUGGCCAUAACAUGGAGGCCACCAAGAAUUUUACGGUUGAACAGACAGUACAGCGCCUUAGGAAGUUUAACUGUCCUAAGGGAUUCUUUGCUUAUAACUGCGAAAAAUGCCAAAAAACCUGCGAGAGGCUAGUAACAAAAAAAAGCUCUCUCCACAAAACCAAAAGGCCUUGUGAAAAAAAUGCCUGCAAAUGUCCGCUAUCUGAUCACUACGUGGACGAAUGGGAAUGGUGCCUGAUUCCCGAGAAGGUAUCAAUGACAUUGCAAGAUGUGAAAGCCCAAUACGAAUCGAACUGUAAAGGCAUGAUGACCGCUGAAAAAAUCCUAAACGCUUGCACGGAAGAUUUGCUUAUGGCUAGAGCCAAAGUGUUGAGUCUGCUCGAACAGGUGGCUAAGAACGUCGAUUUACUUGAAUCGACAGCUCUACGGUCAAACGUACUCAGCCCAUCCGAUUACCUGAGUUUGAUGAGGAGUCGCGUUCAGGAAGAACAGGCACCUGGCUACAUGACACGUCUAGAGACAUUAGAUGAUAUACAGCGCAUGUUGGCCGGUGGUACGUCUCAACCGAUUCGUAGCACAGCGCCAAUGCCAAACCAAGGGUUCAGACUCCUGUCAUCGAAUACCGAAAGAGUAUCAGAUUCGAUUGUCACGCCAAGUUACGUUCAAGCGUACAAUAAAGAGCCCAGCUUACCCGCUACGCAGCCCACACCCGUCUACGGUGAUGUCAGCGAGAGUAAAUCUGGUCGUUCUUGGACGAGUAGGGCUAGUAGCUUCCUUGGAAUUGGAAAAACAGCGGAAAGCGACAACCAAUCCCAACAACAGAAGAAAAAAAACGAAACAUGGAAGGUUUAAGUUUGUUUUUUGUGCAUAUCAAAAUUAAAUUACAGUUCUAAUCAUUUCUUUAUCUUAACAAAACGAUUUUUAUGGAGAACAAAAAAUAAAGGUAUUUGUGGGUG